GUAAAAUGUGAACGUUACUGGCCACUGGAUUACACACCCUGCACUUACGGUGAUAUUACAGUUACUGUUACAUCAGAAACUAUCUUGCCUGAGUGGACAACUAGAGAUUUCUCAAUUAGACAUAAACCGGAAUUCAAAACUGUUCGUCAUUUUCAUUUCACGGCUUGGCCUGAUCAUGGGGUUCCAGAUUCCACUUCAUCUAUCAUCCAGUUUCGUAAUCUUGUUAGAGAAUAUAUGGACCAACGAAGGAGCAAUGGACCCACUGUUGUGCACUGCAGGUAUAAAUUGGUUAAACUGGUAGAAUACAAUCUACCAGUUUGUGAGUGA